AUGGCUUUUUUCAGCGGGCCCCUCGGCCCCCUUCAAUUCUACAAGUCGAGCAAGCUCACCAUCACGUUAUUGGUGUUGUCUUCUUGUAUUUUUGCAAUAACGAGUGGAUAUGACUCGGCGCUGAUGAAUGGCAUUAAUAUCAUGCCCUCGUAUACGGAUACUCUCAAGCUCACGACGGUCACCAAGUCGCUGAAUUCCGCAGCAUCCUUCCUCGGAUGGAUUAUUGUGUCGACCUUUAUGGGACCCGUCGUGGAUCGGCUCGGUCGCCGCACAGGAGUUUUGAUCUCGGUAUUCCUCAAACUGAUCGGCGUUGCAUUGAUGGCCUCUGCCCAGGGAGUAGGGAUGUUUGUGGCUGGGAGAAUAAUUCUGGGCGCGGGAGCAGGCACCUCGUCUAUCGCCGCUUCGACAUGGCUUGCUGAGACACUUCCCCCAAAGUUCCGUGCACCUGGGCUGAGCUUGAUUUUCACCGUCUACUUUGUCGGCGCCCUGAUUGCGGCGGACAUCAUGCACCCGGUUGCAAUUGUCCAGCACGAAGAGAUUAUGGAGACAAUUGAGAUGGAACGAGCCAGUGGAAAGCAAAUGACUUAUGCCGAAAUCUUUCGAACGCCCAAUUCCCGGCUCCGGCUCCUGCUCGUGGUAUCAGUCGCUGUACUGUCCAUGUCAAGUGGAAACAAUAUCGUUUCUUACUAUUUGGGCGACAUGCUGGAUAACGCGGGCAUUACCGAUACAACUACGCAGCUGCAAAUUGCCAUGUGUCUGAUCUCCGUAGCGGGAAUGACAAUCUUCAUGUUUCUGGUCGGCGCAUUGACCAAAAUAUAUGGCGGCGCCGGGAAUACUUUCGGCGUCUACGGCACCGUGGCAACAGUAUUCCUGUUCCAAGGAAGCUACACCAUUGGAAUCACUCCCCUUACUCUUCUUUACCCUCCCGAGGUCCUGAACUUCUCCAUCCGCAGCAACGGAAUGGCGGCGUGGACGUUAGCUGUCACCUGUGGCGGUGUAUUCGUGUGGCCAUUGGCUCUUGAGGCAAUUGGAUGGAAGACAUAUUUUAUCAAUGCAGCCUGGGACGUCGUUCAGUUUGUUUUCGUGGCUUACUUCUGGAUCGAGACGAAGGGGCUUACACUUGAACAGAUUGAUGCUAAAUUUGAGAAGCUCAAUCCCAGUCUGCUGCAUGGUAUUGAAGGUGUCACCCCUGACAAGCAUAUAGUUAAUGAUGCUGGGAUCCCCGACGUGAAAUGUGAUAAAGGGUUCAACGAGACUCGAAGCGACAGUCACAACUGA